AUGGUGGCCGAAUACUUGACCCUUCGCAAUCUCACCUCCACGCCAAUUACUCUGAAGCGCAUUGAGCGCUUUCAUCCGCAUCAUGAUCGUAAUAUCCAACAUUUGGCUAGAAACUUCACCCGAGUCUUCACCAAUGUAACCCGCACCAGUGCGCCGGUCGCUGCGAUCACAGAUGACAACGAACCCUUUGUUCAUGAGGAUUUAGAUAUCCAUGUCGAACCUUUCCAGACAAUUCAAACCGAGCUUCGUACAUUUAUCGACUCGGAUAAAGAGCGCGUGCGCUGGUCCUUCGAAGUGGAAGGAGAGCGGCAUCAAGUCCAGACUCCCGUGCCCACGUCGGAGUCCGCCACAAUGAAGGCAUUGUGCGACGAACCUCGAUUCAAACUCACUGGUAUUUAUGUGACACCCGAGUCCCAUCUAUCAAUCUACUCCUCCGCCAAUCUGAAUGCGUGGAUGGGCGAGCUGAAGGACGACACCUUGCUCUCCUCUCUCUCGAUCCCAGGCACCCACAAUUCCCCUACCUGCCAUGUUGCGCCGCCCUCCGUUCGCUGCCAAGCAGUCAGUCCACGAGAACAGCUCGAAAACGGUGUGCGAUUCUUUGACAUCCGUGUACAGCCCCAAUAUCCAGAAGAUGCCGAAAAGGAUGAGCUUGUUUUGGUGCACAGCGUCUUCCCCAUCUCUUUAACGGGAAACAAAUACUUCCGUGACUUGAUGCGUGAAGUAAACGAUUUCCUCAGCCAGAAUCCGUCGGAGACCCUGAUCAUCUCUCUCAAACGAGAGGGACCUGGUGAGCACACCGAUCAACAGCUCAGCCGGAUUCUGAGCGAGCACUACGCACACCCAGACAGUCGGUGGUAUACCAAACCCAAGAUCCCCACUCUCGGUGAAGUGCGCGGUAAGGUCGUUCUUAUCCGUCGGUUCGACAUCUUGGAUCAUCUCAAGGAAAUACACGGGGGCGCAGGCUGGGGAAUUUGUGCCUCGGGUUGGGCCGACAACUGCUCUAAUGCGACUUGCCCCAGUGGACAGAUUUGCAUUCAGGAUUUCUAUGAGGUCAUGGAGACCGAGAACAUUGGAGAAAAGAUUCAGUACGUGCAAGAGCAUUGUUUCCGAGCCGCUGAAACGCGCUACCCGUUCGGCGUGCUUCCGGACCCCGAAGCAACCAAGGCGCAUCCCUUCUAUAUUAACUUCCUGAGUGCGAGCAAUUUCUGGAAACUUGGUACUUGGCCGGAGAAGAUUGCCGGUAAGCUGAACCCGGCGGCAGUUGACUAUCUCUGCCGAAAACAUGGUGAAAAGGAUGACGGUGACUGGUCCACUGGUAUCCUUGUCACGGACUGGGUUGGCUUGGAUGGUGAUUGGGAUCUUGUGCGAUGCAUCGUGGGCAUGAAUGCUCGGCUGAAGCUGAGGCAAGACAGGCAUGAAGGGGAUAACUAG